CAAAAAAUAAGGUUUAGACUUUAAAUUUGAACUAAAGGCCCGUUCAUUUAAUUAUUUCUUACAACAAUGGCCACAUAUCCAUCUGCCAAAUUCAUGGAGUGCCUCCAAUAUGCAGCUUUUAAGCACCGGCAGCAACGUCGCAAGGAUCCUCAGGAAACCCCCUAUGUGAACCAUGUGAUCAAUGUGAGCACUAUUCUCUCCGUGGAGGCCUGCAUCACAGAUGAGGGAGUCCUAAUGGCUGCACUUCUGCACGAUGUCGUGGAGGAUACGGACGCAUCUUUCGAGGAUGUUGAGAAACUCUUUGGACCGGAUGUUUGUGGACUAGUGAGGGAGGUGACGGACGACAAGUCCCUGGAGAAACAGGAGAGAAAACGCCUGCAAAUAGAAAAUGCAGCCAAAAGCAGCUGCAGAGCAAAGCUCAUAAAGCUGGCUGACAAAUUGGAUAACCUAAGGGAUCUGCAAGUCAACACACCGACAGGGUGGACACAGGAGCGUCGUGAUCAGUACUUCGUUUGGGCCAAAAAGGUGGUGGACAAUCUGCGAGGAACCAACGCCAACCUGGAGCUCAAGCUGGACGAGAUCUUCCGCCAACGCGGCCUUUUGUAAACGAUCAAAAACCAACAAAUUACAGAUGAACCUGUU